GAAUUCACGAUUCGAUCCGUUCGCGGUUUGCGCGAUUCCCGGAGCAACAGGCCAGUGCGCGAAUGCAAAAUAAUUCUUUCAAGUUUUAGAAUUCGUAACAACGAGAUUGCUGUUGGUGUUCGAUGAAAUAUUAUGUGAUAUACAUGUUUGCUUAAGAUUAUCGUAUUCAACAUCAUGCCGUCGCGAUUGGGCGCGAUUUAAAAGAGACAAUUUUAAAAGGCAAAUACGUCAGUGAAUUCUCCAAAUCAUUGUCAGGCUUCGCAUUCUUGGUGGAUUUUUAUCCGAAAAGAGUUGAAUUACGUUGCGUAAUUAAAUUAACAACCUUACAAUGACGAUCAAUCUUGUUGAUUUUAUCGCAUCCAAACGUCAGAUCUUAUUCUUCCUGUUUGUUCUGAGUCAAGUUAGCAAUGGUUAUGAUGAGGAGGUGCAUACGCUCCAGUAUACCAGCGACAAUUUUUCUGAAAAAAUUAAAAAGAAGAAUCACUUUGUUAUGUUUUACGCACCAUGGUGCGGUCACUGCGAGAGACUUGCUCCUACAUGGGAACAGUUAGCAGAAAUAUCAAAUGAAGAGGAUAGCAAUAUAAGAAUUGCCAAAGUUGAUUGUACAACUGACAGCACUUUAUGUUAUGAACAGGAUGUUACCGGCUAUCCUACACUAAAAUUCUACAAGGCUGGGGAAACCAAAGGCAUUAAAUUUAGAGGCGAUCGAGAUUUGCCCUCCUUAACUUCUUUUAUUAAUGAUCUAUUACGUAGUUCUGUGGAGGAUGAAGAUGAUGUUGCACCAUCUCCUCCAGAACCAGUAAAUGGAUUAUUAGAACUGACAGAGGACACGUUUAAUAAACACGUUUCUUCUGGACAUCAUUUUGUCAAAUUUUACGCACCUUGGUGCGGACACUGCCAAAAACUAGCUCCAACGUGGGAGGAAUUAGCCAAUAGUCUUCGUAACGACGAUGCAGUUAGUAUCUCCAAGAUAGACUGUACUCAGUAUCGUAGUGUCUGCAGCCAGUUUGACAUCAAAGGAUAUCCUACAUUAUUGUGGAUCGAAGAUGGAAAGAAGGUAGACAAAUAUACUGGCCAACGCACUCACGAAGAUCUAAAGGCGUACGUGUUGAUGAUGCUGUUCAAAAAUGCUGAUGAGGCAAAUCAGAAGAGCGAAAACGCUAACGGAGCCGCGCACGCUAUACUGAGCCUGACUGCCGAUAGCUUCAAACAUGGUGUCGAAAAAGGUCUUACUUUUGUUAAAUUCUUUGCGCCUUGGUGCGGCCAUUGCAAACGUCUGGCACCUACCUGGGAGGAAUUGGGAAAGAAAUUUUUCGGCAACGAUAACGUAAAUAUCGUCAAGGUCGACUGUACUCUUGACGCAAGUAAACAGUUGUGCGAUGAACAAGAGGUAGAUGGUUUUCCGACAUUGUACUUAUAUAGAAAUGGACGUAAAAUUUCCGAGUACAGUGGCUCGCGUAAUCUCGAAGAUUUGUACGAUUUUGUGACAAAUCACUUGCAAACACACGACGAACUGUAAUUCUGUCUGUCGUUAAUUUGUUAAAAUAAGUCUCAAUAAUAUUUUCAAUAUACUAUACUUUAAUCCUCAAACAGCGGAAUGCGCGAUAGAGAGUUGUGCAGAGUUAUAUUUUUGUUUAUCUGAUUGAAGCGUCAAUAUAAACUGCUAAAUCAUCAAAAUUGAUCUUGAGUCCGCUGACAGAGGAUUAAAUGAUCAAGUUAUUAUAUUGUGUGCGUGUGUAACUUUCCAGCACAUUAGCGGAUGAAAACAGAAAUAGUUUUUCCAGUUUUGUAUUCUCUUUAUACUUCUUAAAAGACAAAAAAUUAUUUAGUAAUUAUACAAUUAGUAUAUAUACAAUUAUACACAUUAGUAUAUAUACAAU